UGUAUAAGGAGCAGAUGUGUUUUCAAAAGUAGAGCAAUAGGAGAAGAAACAUGUCAAGGGUUUUCUUCUCCAAUCCUCUGAUGAGCGAUGUUGAAGCUGACUGGAGUCCCAUUCAUGAUGCGGCGUUCAACGGACGCACGCUGACGCUGAAAAGGCUCAUUGAGCAGGGUGCCUGCGUGAACCUGAGCACUUUGGAUGGGGCCUCCCCCCUCCAUGUAGCGUGUGUUGGAGGCCACGCGGCCUGCGCCAAGCUGCUACUGCAACACGGUGCUAAUGUAGACUGUCAGUCUUUAGAUGGCUCUCCCAUACAUGUAGCAGCAGCAAAAGGUAAGCGUUUCUGCAUCGGUCAUGCGUCUGUCUGUAUUGUGACUGUUUUCCACACAGGUUACCUAGAAUGCAUUGAGACUUUAGCGCAGCACUGCGCCGAUGUGGAUCUGAGCCUGGGUCGAUCUGGCACCCCGCUUCAUGUUGCCUGCAUUAAUCAGCAACUGAAUGCUGUCAAGAAGCUGCUAUAUCUUGGCGCCGAUGUGAAUAACUGUGCGCCGGGCGAGUCCCCUCUGCACGUGUCUGUGCGUACUCACAAUCCCGAGAUGGUGUCGGUUCUACUAGAGUACGGUGCCGACACCUCCCUGCGAAACUCGGACAGCAAACGGCCGGCGGAUCUGGCACACCCUGGCAGCGACGUGGAGAAGCUGCUCACUCAAAACCGAGGAAUCCCCACGCUGAUGCAGCUGUGCCGCCUACACAUCAGGACGGUUUUAGGCAAAAGAAGGUUGUGCAUCGUCCCUCACCUCCAAUUGCCCGCAUCACUCAAAAACUACCUUCUAUGGAGAUCCUGAUAUCACCAACAGAGGGCGCGCUCGUACAAUCUUUGAGGACAAACUAGAUUUGGAAAAGAUGUUCAACUGAAGGUCAUCAACUGAUCGCCAGCAUGUUCUAUUCAUGAGCUGCUGGCACACUUUUUGGCCUUUCAUCUCGUCUUGUUGAUGUUCCAAAAAGAUUUUGUUGGGGCCCCCCAACAGGCUAAGCUUGAGCCUUUCAAGAUGAAUUUACAUAUUUUAGAGAGGAAUAUUUUCGCCACAGGCGCUUUUACUUUGAGAUAAAAUCUCCAUUUUUUGGGAGGUACCUUUCACAUCAAUUUUGUGAAAUUACAAAGAUGGCUUGAAUAUUUGUAUUUUAUAUACCUGGUUUCUCAAGUUAACUCAUUGGCUGCGAUAGACAAGUGAUAGCGCAAAUAGUUUAGACGUCUAUCGCCGUCAAUGGCACGGAAACAAAAUGUUUCAGCGUUUCAUAGGAGUUUUAAUGUUUUUUGUCUAUAUGUGCCCGUUGUUUGGCAGAGGUUGGAUUAAAGUCCUGUAAUAUUUAUAGAAAAUUGUGAUUUUAACUGAAAACAUUUGUAGAUUUCCUCACAAUUUCUCACAUAUUGCUAUAUCAAAGAUUGGGGAUGAAGUACAACAGCAAUAAUAAAGUUUAGGAAUUAUGAUCUGCAUUUUUUUUUUUUCCCGACUGAACAGGGUUUUUUUGGCAAAACAUAUUAGCAAAUUGCAAUAUAAGGAAAUUUUAAGUUAAAAUAAAAAAAUAUAUUUUAAAUAAAACUAAAAUAAAUGCAGUACUUUAGGUGAGUGUAAAAAAAAUAUUCUAAAUAAAACUAAAAUAAAUGCAGUACUUUAGGUGAGCGUAAACCCACAGCUAGAGCUUAACAUUAUCAUCAGAAAAAUAAUUGAAUUAUUUUCCAUAAAAAGCACAUGUGUAUGACUCUUAUCAUGUUUACAUUAUAAACACAUUCUCUUUCUCAACACAGACAGUUGCCAGAGAGAAAAAAAGUGUUUUACCACCGCUUCGGCAGCCACCCUCUGCCAACAUGUUUUAGAUGUCGGUUGGCCCUUCUCUAAGCUGUAGCCGUCUGUAACUUUACUGUAGCCGAAGUAUUCCCAAUUUCCCAUACCAGCGAUUUCGUUUUCUUUAAUGGGGGAAAAGUUCAGUUUCAUCUCCUCCAUCCAUCGUGUAGCACUCACUGAGACUUAUCAACAACCAGUGGGGGAGGGUUGAGCCUUGCAGCUGAAAGCGAGGGAUUUUCUCCCUGCAUUUAUGGUACAUAAAAUGGGCUAAUACUUAGGGACGGUAUGACGGAUAACUUUUGCAUUUUUGAAACCGUGACUUUUUCAUACCACAGUAUACCUUGAAAUGGGUUAUCGUCAAAUACCUUAAAUAUGAGAAAACAAUUGGUAAAGUGUGAGUAUGUGACCAAGAAAAGAAAGUGAUAUAGUUUUGAAUUUUUUUCAAAUUAUUACCAAAACUGAAUUUUCCUCCUGAAAAGUCUCUCUAAAAACCUUUAAAAAUAAUGUAUUGUGCAAUCAAAACCUACUUUAAUAUUGUAAUGUUGCUUAUAAAACUAAAUCACAAAUUCACGCAGUUCAUUAUAAUUGUGCAUUAACAAAAAAGUGAAGCCUGUUUUUUUUUUUUUUUAAUCUCUGCUAUUUGUACAUAUACUACUGGAAAUACUACUACAUAUGCUAACACGCCAUUAGUAGUAUUACUAAUGCAUCAUAACUUUACCGAGUGGACACCAUUUAAGGAGGGGAUACACCUAAUAAUCAACAGUGUUGUUAAUCUUACUUUAAAAUGUAAUGACAAUUACAUAUUAUUUAUCCCAAAAAGUAAUUGACUUAGCAACUAAUUACUAAGUAAGUAAUUAAUUAAUCAGCAAAGUAACCGACGUCACUUUUCAUGUUCUAUGCAUUAUUACAUCGCACAUUCUAUAACAACU